AGUAGCUGGCACAAGCUCAUAUAAUAAGCGGUUGUAGGGCAGGAGAAAGAGAGAGGGGACUAGAGAACCGGCUCAGCUCUUACGCACACACCCAAAUCUCUGGAAAAUUCUGUCAUUUUGCAGAGCUUAGCAGAACACAGUGCACAAGCCUUAAAAAAGGGAAGGGAAGGAACGAAUACCGCCUGGAGAAAAACACAGUCAGUCUGUCUCAGAAGAGACACGAGAAGAGAAUUUGGACAGCAGAUAUUGAAGACUGGCAGUCGAUUGCAUCGGUCCUGUCAUCUGAAGGCUGCUGAGCCAAGCUAACGCCAGCUAGCCAGGCAAACCUUGGGAUCUAUGCUUUGAAGGCUUGAGGUCUAUUUAAGUAACUUAAACAGAGCGAGAGAGACUUAAGGGAGCUUGACUGAGAUUGAGAAACCAGGAAAAGGAGUGGAAGUAAAUUGACCUGGAAACCGGGGUGCUAAAACACCAGGUAUCCUAUUUGGAAGCAGCCAUUAUCCCCCCGGUUCUCUGUCACCCUGGGGAAGGCAACACCACUCCGAUCCCCCCGAUUCCCCCCUUCCUCUUCAUCAUCACUAACGCCGUCCUCGCCUUUGAACUCCGUCUCAACCCCCCUUCGCCCUUUGACCUCGCACACCGUCGGGUGGAAAAAGCUUCACCUCCCUGGAUUACCCAUCAUGCACAUCAAGACCACUAAAUGUAAUCACUACUGUCUGGUCGCCUCUGUGACCAGCCAGGAAGUGUUUGACCACCUGGAGCCACGGGCCAGCUUUGAGGCGCUGUUCCGGUCCUUUGACCCGGAGGUCCAGUUCCAGUACUUCAAGUCGUUCCGCCGGGUCAGGAUCAGUUUCCAUGAUGCUCUGGCGGCGGCCGAGGCAAGGCUCCGACUGCACAAGAGUGACUUCAACGGCAAAGAGAUGAGACUCUAUUUUGCCCAGUCCGUCCACAUUGGAAGUCCCCGACUGGAGCCUCCCAAGCCUGACAAACAGUUCCUAAUCUCCCCACCUGCCUCUCCUCCAGUCGGGUGGGAGCAGUCUCAAGACGCGACUCCUGUUAUCAACUACGACCUUCUCUGUGCCAUCUCCAAACUGGGACCAGGUGACAAGUACGAGCUUCACACAGCCACCCCGACAACCCCUAGUGUGGUUGUACACGUGUGCGAGGAUGAGCAGGGCGACAGCUCGGGUCCCGACGAUAGCGACCACGAUGAUAAGCCCCGCCCACCGCGCCCAAAAAUCAUCCAGACACGACGCCCGGACUACACUCCCAGCGUCAAGCAGUGAGCGGUAGCAGGCGGGCGCGAUUUAAACGGCUUUAACAUUCAUUCUGAAGUGAUUCAUCAAGAGCAAAAUUCUCUUGGAGCUUGGAAGGUGGUUCGGGACUUGUAAUGCACUCUCCCAAACAUUAAGGGGAGAUGUGUUGUCCCGUACUUUCGUAAAAGAGAACAGGACGGAGAGUGUGUGUGAGAGAGAGAGAGAGAACAUAGCAUCCCAUUAUGUCCAGUCAUGUUUGUUUUCCUCUCAUCUACGGGUUUGGACUCAACUGAAAGACUCGGUUAUUUAGAAAGAAGGAAAACCAGAUCAGAGUUAAGAGGGAAGAUAUUUUGUUGAACGGAUUUGUUCUGGUGGCUUUUUUUUUUCUUCUUCACUGUUUUUCUCGGAAUCUCACCGGUUUUGCUGGUGGCUAUUUAAAUAGUGACUGUUUAUAGAGGCUUCUGUAAUGAAUUUAAGUGAAACGUAAGACGGGGGGGGGGUGUAGGUUGUUUUGUUUUUCCCAUCAGAACUGCAGGCAUUGUACACACAACACCUUUUUCACCUGUUGAAAAGAGUCCUUAACAGGACCUUCUGUCACAGCUUCCUGCAAGUCAGCGUUUUUUUAAAAAAAUUUUUAUUUGAUGCCACAGUGCUGCCCCCUGCAGCCGUUCUGUGGAGGCCAUUUGGGGUCCCACUUAUUACGACGUCUGAAGUUAACCCCUGUCCAGGUUUUGGUAGGCAGUUCCUUGUUAUGUACUGCUUAGAAGGCGACAGCGCUACUCCUGUAACGGUUGGUACAAGUCUGGGGUCAUUUUGGUUGGAGUUUUCAUAUCUUGAUCCCAGUUGUGAUUGCAAAACAGGUCGUUGUUCUUGAACGUAUCUCGAUAAUUUACUUUAUUAUGUAAUUUGAGCUAUGUCAUAUUCUUUUUUUUGUUGCUGCUGUUGUUCUUUAUCAAGCAGUGUUUGUACUGUUUUGAAUGUGGGACCCUCCCUAGCCCUAGGCAACAUGAGGGAUUAUGGGUUUAAUUUGGUAAUUAAGAAAAUAAAUUUGGUUUACACUUUGAACGAUGGUAAAAA